GGCCAUGACAGUGAUGACGUAUAUUUCAUGCGCCGGAUAUGUUUGUCCAAAGACUUCACUCAAUGCUGAUGUGUUACAAGAAGUGAUAUUGCAGCGUCUUUUCUGUGAUUUUUUUUUUUGGCUACAACAAGACAAAGGAAGCGGAGGUGUCUUGUAAGUGUCACAGAAGACACUUUGGAAGCGACCUCUGACUGCCAAUGGCGCCCAAAGGUAAAGUUGGCACCAAAGGAAAGAAGCAGAUUUUCGAGGAGAACGAGGCGACCCUAAAGUUCUACACAAGAGUUAUCCUCGGUGCUAAUGCCAUAUAUGCCGUUGUAAACUUUUUGAUCUUCUACAAUUCAUCUUCUUUUUGGACAUGGCUCUUAUUAGCAUUAGUGCUAGCAGUUUAUGUGGGGAGUUACCGCUCCAUGUCCGCCAUGGCCAAACCAGUGUUUGCUGACGAUGGAAGCCUGCUGGACGGAGGAAUAGAUUUAAACAUGGAGCAAGGAAUGGCAGAGCACCUGAAGGAUGUUAUUCUUCUCACAGCCAUCGUCCAAGUGCUCAGCUCCAUCUCUUCUUAUUUUUGGUAUCUCUGGCUGCUGGCCCCAUUUCGCGCGCUUCACCUGCUCUGGGUGAACUUCCUGGGCCCCUGGUUCUCGGCAGAGAGCCCGUCGGCACCGGAGGAGGUGAACGAGAAGAAGCAGAGAAGACAAGAGCGUCGACAGAUGAAGAGAUUCUGACGGUGCAGAGCAGACGCAGCAGUAUUUUUAUACACACCAUCCAGUUACUAGGCAAUACGUUAUUGCAAAGAAGACAUUUUGUUAUCGGAUUAACACAAUCAUGAUUGUUUCUUCCAGAAUUCUAUCAAAUUAGGAUUUAAGACAAAUUUGACCUCAGGUAACGGUGUCCCAUUUCACUUAAGUGCUGCACUAAGACAUCCAUCCAAUAUUGAUCACACUGAUUGAAAAGUCAUAUUAUGCUGCAUCCUUUUUUAAUUAAACAUAUUGUCAUUAUAGAUUAUUCUAUUCUUCUGUGUUUCCCAUAUAUUCAUUCAUUUAGAUUUUACACUACCUGUUUUGCCCUCUCAAACACAUUUCAAUGGGUUAACACACCAAAUAGCACCUGGGGCCGCAUGUGUUAAACGUGUGUACGCACUUUUGUGUUAGGAGGUCUAUUAAUUUAUCGAGGCGUUCAUUUUGCGGCUAACAAUGUUUUGUCCUUUGACUCCAGCACCAGCUCCUCUCUUGUUGCUCGAAACACGAGAAAGAAGCACCUCUGCUAAGCGUUAAGGGCAGAUUUCAGGCACAUGGCUAAUUUCACUAAGAAUUACGUGGCCAGCCAAUCAAACAUCUGCGAUCAAUUCCACAUUGCUUGGAUUAGCACACUUUAAUUCAUCUAAAUGUUUUCUUGUCACGUAACAUACAGUACAGGCCAAAAGUUUGGACACACCUUCUCCUCAUUCAAUGUGUUUUCUUUAUUUUCAUGACUAUUGUAGAUUGUCACUGAAGGCAUCAAACCUAUGAAUGAACACAUGAGUUAUGUACUUGACAAAAAAAGGUGAAAUAACUAAAAACAUGUUUUAUAUUCUAUUUUUUUC